AUGAAUUGCUCUCUAGCCCCGUCGCAAGCUCUCCCCGACAAUCCACAGGACCAGUUGAAACAAUCAGCACGCCCUGGCGCGAGAUUCGACGACGAAACCGAUCAUGGUCCAGUUUGGGACCAGACGAUACGACCAACCACCUUCACAACCCCAUCGCGACACCAACCCCACUCCCGCGAGUCCUCUGGUGAUAAGACGAUACACUCGCCAUCUGCUGUGGCUUCCCCUCGAGGACAUACCCAGCGACAAGGCCUUGGCGUAGCUAUUGAACGGACCAUAGAUCAUAGCAAGACCGCCGUCUACGGACACCAUCGACAGACCUCUAUCGUCCAUGGCUUUCAACACUCGAGAAAUGGGAGUCACUCAAGCAUGUCUACCAGCCCGUUGAGUCCCCAAAUGAUAGCCGCUGCUGGAGUGGCACUGGAUAGAUUGGAUAUGCAGUCAGUCACUACGCGGCUCGAGGCCAACAUGCCCCCCCGGCCAGGAACUUCUCUCGCCGGUCCAACCCUCAGCCCCGUUGGAGGCAUUCCAAUGGAAAGAUCUGCCUCGGCUGCCGAUAUAUCUCCCCCUGCAUCAGCUCAAAGGAAGCCAGAGCGAAUGCAGAGCAAGUCGAGGCGCGACCACCCGACACACCAAUCCCACUCUCGAACGCACAGGGACGACCAGAAGGCCGUGGGAGAUUACGCACUGCAUGUUCUAUUUACAUCAUUCAUUACACAAGCAGAAGAGAAGCUUACGGAAUGCAUCACGGUCCCCUUUGAUCCCGAACCGAACAUCGACCGUAUCUGCGGGCCUGGUGUCGACCCUGCCUUUGAUCAGUUGAUUGUGGCUUUGGGGCACAUUGCCAGUCCAAAACCCAAAGCCCUGAUUGACUUGAUGAUGCUCUGGAGGAAGAGCAAAAGUGAUGCCGCAAACGAGGCUCGAAUCCAGCUCCAGCAACUGCGUGGCAGCCAACCAGGAGGUCUGCUGCUUCGCAGGAACACAGAGCCAUUACAACCCGGCCCGGGUGCGGGUGCAGCAGAUCCUACAAGUCCCAUGAAUGUAACAUUAUCUGGAAAGCAGGAGUUUGUUUCCCAACAGGAGCGUCGAUCGACGGUAUCAAUUUAUAUUCUGUGCCGUGUGCUACUGGAGGUUAUUUGCCAGAGCAAUCUGGCUUCCAUCACCACGGAAAUGGAAGACAAGUUGGAGAGCAUUAUCUUUGGACAGCUCAAGAUUGCAGACCCUGAGCAACUCAUGCUUUCGCCGUUAAAGUUGGCCAAUUGGAACUUGUUUGCGCAACUUCUGGGAUACAUGAGUGGAAUCAAUUUUCCCGGAGUUUCGCGGAGGUUCAUCGAUGACCUCGACGCCUCGUUGCAAGAGAGAUUAUUAAAAAGCCCAACUUCAUCAACGGGCCGGGAUUUUGAGGGAAAGAUGGAACUAGUCUUGGGUGGCAUGAAGCAUCUGAAUAUCAAAAUAUCCCCAGAAUCCGCUUGGGAAAAAUCAUGCGAGUUUCUGGUUUCACUCGGCCGUCUGUUUGCCAAAUCCCACGGGCAGAGGGUGAAGGCAGCGUUUUGCCAGGUAAUCGACAUGUUGCUGUUGCCCAUUGCCGCAAAGGCCAGCAACAGCCAUCUAAUGCAUCCGAAAUGGGCCGAGGUGGUAUCGGCUAUUAGCUUUCGGCUUGCUCAGCUGUUUGCGAAGCCGCGUCACUGGACUGUUGCAUUUCCUUUGACUGCGACUUUACUUUGCGUAUCAUCGCCCGACAACUUUGGCUCCGGGUGGCUCCAACUGGUCCUUUCCCUGCAGACUAAAAUUAAAGAUCGAUUUACCAAACCUCUCUGUUUGCAGGUCAUCUCCAGGCUGGUUUGGACGUACUUAUACCGGACUAAUGACAACUUUCAGACUACUGUGCGAAAGCUUGACGAUGUUAUAAGACUGGUUGUACCACCGUCAAAGCGCAGCAUAGUCUCUUCAGAUACUGCAGUUGUUGAACCGUUGAUCCAAAUAAUCAGAAUUAUUGGCUUCAAAUAUCCCGAGUACUGUUUCAGGACUGUGGUGUUUCCCCUCAUUAAUGCCGAGCUUUUUACAACCAACAAAGAGCUGCGAGUUGAUCAGUUGGAUCCUGACCGGAUUGUCGUUGGCAUACGGGCAUUCCUAUGCAUCAUGUCCGACCUUGAAAAAGGCGAACAAGGUCGGCCCCCUUUCCCACAAUUCUACGGUGUUCCAAAUUCGGCCGACAGAUUACCUACAUCACCAGUACUAUCGUUCCCGUCGAAAGGCCCCCUAUCGACUCCCAGCUCAGGUCCAAAGGAGGAGAUUAUAUCUAGACCGGUGUUGACUCAUGUCCUAAGCGAUGGAGUCAGAGAGUAUUACCUUCAGUUUUGUCAGAUCCUCGGUAAAAUCACCAUCGUUUGCGAUAACACCUUCGGGGGGCAAGCAGCGUUGGACGAAAAAUUUAACAGUCCCGGGCCAAAAACCCCUAUUUCGGAAUCUUUUACGUUCUCUCGACGAGACGAGCCACCCAAUACGUCAGACCAGAAACAAGCAUUCUAUGAACUGCUGCAUGUCGCUGUUCAGGCACUUCCACGGUGUCUAUCUGUUGACAUUCCUUUCAACUCGUUGAUUAAUUUGCUUUGCACAGGAACCGCUCAUGUCCAGUCCAACAUUGCCGAGUCAUCGGCGAACUCACUAAAGGCCAUUGCCAGACAAUCUCAUGCACAACAAGUGACCAUGGGGUUUGCCCGUUUCAUCUUCAAUUUUGAUGACCGUUAUGCUACAAUGUCUGAUGGUGGCAUGCUCGGGCCUGGACACAUUGAAAGCACUUUACGACUCUACGUUGAACUACUCCAGAUCUGGAUAGAAGAAAUCCGACACAAGUCACGAGAAGCAGCCUCAGACCUACCAGAUUCAAAUGCGUCAGAGAAAAGGGCCAUGAAGCUUGACUUGUCGAGCAUAUGGGCAGAGGUUGAUCAGGCCGAAGCACAUGGCUUGUUCUUCCUGUGUUCACAGUCUCGCCGGGUUCGGCACUUCGCAGUCACUGUGCUGCGCUUAAUUACCGAGUUCGAUAAGGCAUUGGGCAAAGAUGCCUCUGAAGAGAAGGAGACGCUACGAUUAAUCAAUAUCUUGGAAAACGACUCCAACCAAGUUAUGAAUUUUAAUGAUGAGCACCUUUCUGUUGCCGAGCGUAGCAGACUGCAGAGAGGACUGCAAAACGCCAACAGCAAAGGCGCGGUGGUGGAGUUAUGUACGAGCGACGUUUCCUACGAUGCAACUCUUUGGUUCAAAAUCUUCCCCAAUCUUAUCCGAAUUUCGUUCGACAAAUGCCCCUUCGCAGUAACCAUCUGUCGAGACCUGAUCUGUAAUCGAAUACUGCAGAUGUACAAGCCAAUUGUUUACUUGUCAGAGCCAACUAGGGGAUUGUACUACGGCCCCGACGCGGUGGGCCGAAUGGGCAACCGAUCUCCUGCAGCACAGCCCGAGGUUAUGAUUGAGCAAUGGAAGCUGUAUUUGAUAUUUGCCUGCACAACGUUGGCGGACCCAGGAAGCCUGCCCACGGGCCAGACACCACCCGAUGGCCAGCAUGCACGCAAAAUAUCGAAACCCUCAUCCGCCGACAGGAUCGUCACUGCUCGAACUUUGUUCAAGUAUUUAAUUCCGCUCUUGUCCGUUUCGUCAGCCUCUGUCCGUGAUGCAGUCGUGGUUGCCAUGGGCUCAAUCAAUAUUCACAUCUACCGGACGCUACUGGAAGAGCUGCAAGGCCAAGUCUCUCGCUGCAAUGAUGAGGCUAGAGCAAGGAUUCAUCAACGAACAAAUAGCAGUCCUCGCCGCAACCGAAAAAUGGACUUGUUGCGGACCGAAAUCACUCACGUUUUCAAAUUGACGUCGCACUUCUUGAAGGACCCUCAGGUCUACCAAUCCGAAUUCUUCCUGAACAAUUUGACUUUGUAUGCAAAAGACCUGAAGUUGUUUCUCAUGGAUGGUGAUCUUCAAUCGGAUGAUGAGUUCCACAAAUUGAGACGUCAUUACUGCGGUCUCAUGGAAGCUCUGUUCGAGGGCAUUAACAAAACCAAUGACCCCUCCCGCUGGAUGACUUUUGAAUCCAGGAAGUCAGCAUUCUCGCUGAUGGAAUAUUGGUGCGGCUUCUCUCCCAAUCAAGGUCAGACACAAGUCGAUACAAGGGGACAGCCCCUGAUCAACCAACAGUCGCUAGGUGAACGAGGAGCCGUUUCAGCUGCCAUGGAGAUCGAAAAGAGAAAUCUUCGUACCGCUGCUCUGAGCGCCAUGGCAGCGCUUUGUGGUGGCCCGAUAAGCAUCACGACCGAGAGUGGCGUUACAUUGCAGUUCGACAUGCGUCGCAUGCUGGCUUGGAUAGAGGCGAUUUUCAAUUCUGGGAGCGACAGAAUGAACGUCACAGGUCAGCGCGCCUUGAGAAAUCUCGUCAUUCAUAACCAAGAAUACCCUUACCUUCUGGAACAUUGCAUUACCCGCUGUUACGUGACCGACGUGCCAAAGGUACUGGAGAGCUAUUUUUCAGUCACCAUUGAAGUGCUGCAGCAGCAAAACAACUACCCUUGCGCUUUCUAUAAGCUCCUUGGUCUUUGCCUGUUUACUCUUGGAAAUGACCGGAGCGAGAUACGGUCCAAGUCGUCAACAGUCCUCCGAUCCCUCGAGGCACGUCAGCAACGGAACUCCAAGAUCCAAGACUUUGACAUCAGCAUUUCCGAUAAGACACAGGCUGUCUACAAAUUGGCACAGUUCGAAAUAUCUAAACGGCUCUCUAAACAAUAUACAGAACUCGCGUUCCACGUGUUUUCAGAGUUUACCUAUUAUUUCAAAGAUCUUCAACCUGUCGCACAAAGAAAUGUCAUUGCGGUAAUCUUGCCAUGGAUACAGACAAUGGAACUGAAACUUGAUCCCAAUGGCGGUCCUACUGCUCAAUCCUAUGUCCUUCUAGCAAACCUCCUAGAGCUCACUAUCAAGUCAGGCGGAGCCUUGCACAAUGAAGUUCAAGCCCUGUGGCAGGCCCUUGCCACUGGGCCACACCCAGGGAAUGUGCGUCUAAUCUUGGACUUUAUCAUGCAUCUCUGCUUAGAACGACGAGAACAGAAUUUUGUGGAAUAUGUGAAACAGAUUGUGGUGUUCUUAUCAACAACAAAUAGCACACCGGGAAUCAAAGUGGUCGAAUUCUUGUUGAUGCAGAUCAAUCCGAAGGCCAUGGUACCAAAUGAGAAGCGGGAAUCAAUACCGCCACCUCCUGAUAUCAACGGCUUCCCCUACUGCGCGGAUCUCAAUGAAGCAUUGCCAGUCGGGACAAAACAAGCCGGGUUCUCUCUCGGCCAACUGUCGCUUAUCCUACUGGUCGACUUAAUGGUAUCUCCGGUUCAUCUCACGCCUGACAAUGUUCCCCUUCUUCUCCAAGUAGUUACUGUACUGUGGGAUCACUAUACCCCUCUUGUGCAAGAGCAGGCCAGAGAGAUGUUGGUUCAUCUGAUUCAUGAACUUGUCAUUUCGCGUUUGGACGAUGUCUCGGUUGAUGUCGCAAAGGAGUUCAUCGAGGACCUGGUUGACGCAAUUCGUCGACAUGACCGUACUGUUGUUUGGGGAUAUGAGGAUAGCAACGGAAAGGUGGAUGAUCAGGGCAAUAAGGUCCCUCCGAGUAUGGAAUACCUCACCUCGCAAGUAGUCAAGACGUUUCAGGUCACCUUUCCGGCAAUCAAGGAGCAAUGGGGCCGGCUGUCUCUCACAUGGGCCACGUCUUGUCCUGUGAGACACUUGGCCUGUCGGUCUUUCCAGAUCUUUCGAUGCGUUUUGACAUCUAUCGACCAGUAUAUGCUUGGUGAUAUGCUUGCUCGGCUGUCGAAUACUAUUGCGGAUGAAGACCCCGAGAUUCAGUCAUUCUCCAUGGAGAUAUUGACCACGCUGAAAACACUACUGGUGAAGCUGGAUUCCGAAAAGCUUUUGACAUUCCCACAGCUGUUCUGGACGACGUGCGCUUGCUUAGAAUCUAUCAAUGAACGGGAAUUCCUCGAAGCCGUUGAAAUGUUAAACGAGCUUGUUAGCAAGCUUGACUUCAGGUUGCCAAAUGUGCGAAGGAUCAUUGCGGACGGCCAACCAGAACGUUGGGACGGUCAGUUUGACGGCAUCCAGCCCUUGCUGUACAAUGGUCUCCGCUCUUCUUUGUGCUGGCAACCGACUCUGGAUACGAUUGAUAAACUUGUCAAACUUCCUGCGGACCCUCUGAUUGGAGAUGAUAGCCGACUGUUCUUCGCCUUGCUGGCGAACUUCCCUCGCUUCUUGAACGAGCUAGAAAACGCAUCGCCAACAGAAAAAACUAUGAAGACAGCAAAGCUACUUCGAGUUGAGGCUGAUAGACUGGGUCUUGAAUCCAUUGCACAAGCCCUUGACGACUAUACUUCUGGAAGACAAUUGGACAGUGGGGAGUACCUAACUCAACUUUUUAUAGCGUUGAGAGAGCAUUUCUUACCACAGCAAGAUUUCAAGAUGAUCACAUUCUUGAUCGGACUACUGACAAACUCACUGUCCUGGGUCAAAGUGCAAACUAUGCGGAUACUGUGUGUUGCCAUCCCAGAAGUUGACAUGCGCAAUCCAGAAUUUGCGGGCCAUGGCUCCGAUCUCAUCUCUCCCCUGUUGCGACUUCUUCAAACAGAAUUUUGCGUGGGUGCAUUAAAGGUGUUGGACAAUAUCAUGGCCAUGUCGGGCAGUCACAUGGAUAAGCACUAUCUAAGAAUGAUUAUGACUCGGUCUACCUCAAAAGCUGUUCGCAAAGAAUACGAGCGCACCCCAAGUCUGUUUGGUAUCCCCGAGUGUUCCGGCUGGGCAAUCCCGGUGCCCGCGAGUAAGACAGACGCGACCCGGGCGAAUAUCCAUGCUGCCUUUUACAUGUGUCAAAGCACAGAGGGCUCGUCGACUGAGGCCACCCCAACUGCGGAAGUCGAGUUUCACGAGGACGACUUUCCGUACGGUUAUUUCGACUCUAUGGAGAGAACAGACACGAUGCUCUCGGACGACGGCCGCGCUGAGGUUCCUGUGGGAGAUUUGGUCACCAAGCUGGAUAGCCUGGAUGACUUCUUCGACGAGCCUUCAAGCCCCACCACAGACGAGGAUGGAAGGUCAUCUCGCACCGUCACCGAGUUUUCGCCGGAAUCUUUUGAAUCUGGCACUGAGCUUUACGAUGAGCAAAUCUUGCCCAUUCUUCACGAGGCAUCAAACACGACGGCUUUUCAAAACGGAUUCAUCGAUCGUCCCUUGGGUAUUUCCAGAGAUUUAGCAACGAACACGAUGAACCCCGGCGCAUUUACCGCGGGAAUGUCACCAAGACCAGCACUUCAUUCUAGGUCCAUAACGUCGCCGUCUGCUCCAGCGUCAUACCAAUCACACAUGACUGGUGAAGUUGGAUCUGAUGACGAGUACUUCUCUGCGGGGUUUUCAGACGCCGAUGACGAGAGACCGGAUGCAAGAAGCCGUGUCAAAUCUCCUAAACCCGGCCCUCGGCCUACGAUGAGACGAGUCGACAACAGAUCUCGCGACGAAACCCUACGCGAACCCACGAUACCACAGGUCACGCCAAGGAUGCCAAACAAGGCAUUUCAAGCAAAUAUAGCAAGCCCAGGAGAUAAUCUUUGA